AUGGAGCAGGAGAACGAUAAGGAGAUCAGGGCUCUGGAAGAGGCAGUGAGACUGCUUGAGGAGGAGAUUCAGGGAUUCAGAGAGAGAAAGAAAGAGCUGAAAAGAGAGCUGAAGACCCUGAAGAAGAAAAUAGCAGGAGUAGAGAUGGAGACUUCAAAAACCAGACAGACAAAGAAGGAAUGGAAGAGAGAGAUGGAAGCAAUGAAGGAGAGAAUGGUACAGGAAGAAAAACAGAGGGAGGAAGAGAGGGCGGGACAAAGGGAGGUCAUCUGUAAAGAAAUUGUCAUUACUGUAGUGAAGGCAGACAGAGAAAUGGAAGAAAAGAAAGAAAAGCGUGAUGAUAAGAAGAUGGCUACAGUCAGUGAGAAGCAGGAAGUGAUACAGGAGAGGAAGAGUGAAGGAGAGCUGCUUGAGGAAAUGGAGAAGCAGAGAGAGGAGGAACAGCUGAAAGAGAGGAGAGAGAGUCAGGAGGCAGUAGAAAACGGAAAAGAAGUUAUGAUCGAGAUGGAGAACCUUCAGAUGGAGCCCGCAGCACCCAGCACAUCUAGAAAGAAUGUGGUGCAGAGAGUGCUGUCCAGUGUUCUAUCCAGUAUUCACUCUGGAGUUCAGUCCAUCAUGGAGUUCCGAAAAAAAUUCUCAGUUCAGGCUGUUCAAGAUAAGGAAGAAGAGCCUAAGGACAAGUCCCCACCUCGUCCAUUGGUGGCACUCGGAGCUCCGACUGGAGUCCUGACUAUACGCAUAAGAGGCUGCAGAGACUUCAAGAAAAACACUCAAAUACAGAAAGACACUCAGUGUAUGGUGAGGAUCACUGUUGGGAGAAUCGUGAAGUGCUCCAGGCUGCAGCCCUUCAAAGACAACCUAACUUUCAAUGAAGUGAAACACUUCUCCAUACAGAUCCAAAAAGAAGAGGCUCUAGGGGUCCAGGAGUCCAGUUCAGUAAAGGUGGAUUUGAUCUCUUUUGAUGGAGAUUCAGCUGCCCCCAAACUCAUGGGCAGCACCACCAUCAAGCUGCAGGAAGUCCUUUAUCAGAAAUCAUCAGUUAGCCAGCAGAUUGAUUUGAGGCUUGGAGGCAAAAAAGUGUGCAAGUUGGAUGCAGACCUGACCUUUACAUAUGGGUCCUUUGGCUAUGGAUACUCUCACCAGAUGAAACAUCCUAAAAGGACAAUGGAGAAACUGGUGGAGGAGUCCCUCUUUCUCCGCUGCCCACCUCCUGAGGACAGAAGAGAUCCACACUAUAAUGUGACGACCCCUUGCAGACCAUCCUCGGUCAACAUAAUGUCCUCUCUGAUGCAGCGAGACGCACAGAGAGACACAGAGUGCAGGAUAUCUGCUGGCAUAAUGAACUGCAUGGAGAGGAGAGGCAGGUUGUCACAGCUUCAUAAAGCCUUGGAGGACUGUGAAAGAGGAGAGGAUAGGGUGCAGUUACUGGAGGGUUUGAUCUUGAAGACAGGAACUCGCAUCAGCUCUCCCUGUAAAACGAACCAGAGCGCUGAGAUCCGGUCUAAAGAGGUGGAAGAAAGGAGAAAAGAGUAGAAUAGCGAAGAUGGAAAGGCAGAGGAGACGGUGAAAAAAGGAAAAGCAAAAUAUAAGACGAAGAAGUAAGGCAAGGCCUCGCAGUCUCCUCAACCAGCCUCACUCCCAGUGUCAUUCUCUUAUGGUCUCCCAGUCUCCUCUGGAUGAAACUCUGGUAUAUGUUGAAGAACACAAAAUGACCAGCCUCCGACCGACUGCUGGUGAAUCCCAUCCUCGUCGCUGAAACCAUCUAAGAGCCUCAGAUACAGUACAGAAUGGAAUGUGGUGUCUGAAGGUCAAAUGAUGAUGAGCCCCAAUUUUCACAGCUGCCCAGCCAG